CAUAUCCGGCCCGUCUUUGUGUAAACAGUCAAGAUGGCGGCUUCCUGUGUGUGCGGUUCCGUUCUGAACAGGUUCAGGUCUUCAGCCGCGGGACUGAUCCGGAUCUCGGCUGCACGCAGUCAAAUAAAAAACGUCAUUGAAGACACGCACGUGACUCAAAGACAGAAACACUCCACCUGUUGGUCAGAGGUGAGCGAACAUGUGUCCAGAGCAGGAGGAAGAGGAGGAGUGCUGUGGGCAGCAGUGGCCUUCUCUCUGUUCAGUAGUUCUGAUGAAGACCAUCGUGAUGAAGCUCAAAGGAAAGAAGAUGAGAUUAUUCUGCUCUUGAAGAAGGCCAAGCUCAGUGUUCAUCGUGGACUCUUCGACGCUGCCUCAGCUUUCCUUCAUCAGGCCGUUGCUCUGGCUCAUCAGACCCACAACAACCAGGCCAUCAUCUACUCUUACAGCAUGAUGGCGAACCUGGCCUAUGUGCAAGGUCAGCUGGACAACGCAGAGAAACUUUUCAAAGUAACAAUGAACGUCAUGUUAUCAGGAGGAACUUCACAGGACGACAACGCUGUGAUCGAGAUGUCAUUGAAACUCGCCACAAUCUACGCCAAACAGAACAAGGCGGAGCUUGCUGAACAUGGCUUCAGGUUCUGUACGGAGUCUCUGGAGGAGAAACUUCAGAAACACACGGAGGAGGAUGAGUCUCUGAGGAAAGAGACCCGCCUCCUCCUCGGUCUGUGUUUAGACUCACGAGCUCGAUACCGAGCGUCCAAGCUUCACCUGAAGGAGGCGAGAGACGACUAUGAGACGGCUCUGAAGAUCUGCAGUCAGGAGCAGGGAGAGACACACCCACAGACGCUGGUGUUGAUGAGCGAUCUGGCAACCAUCUUGGAUUUGCAGGGUCGCCAUGACGACGCCCUGGCACUGGUCACACAGGCGGUGGAUCUGAGCCGCUCCUCUGGACACCCGGACCAGCACAUCCUGCUAGGAAACAUGGCGGGAAUCCUGCUGCACAAAGGACGGCUGGACGACGCUGUCCAGUUCUACCAUGAGGCGCUGAGUCUGGCCCAGCGGGUCGGUGACCAGGACGCUGUGGACAACAUCCAGGACGGAUUGAAGGAGGUGAAGAAGAGGAGGAGGGAGCAAGAGACAAGGGAGACAAAGGAGGACUAAUGGCGUGUUUCCACUGCCCCGCCUCAUGGAGAUGCAACCUCUACCUGAACCUGAACUGUGUCGAGGCCAGACCAUAGUGGGAACUGUUGGUACAUCUGUCCCCAUAUGUAACUGUUGUCUUUAUUCUCAGAGGAUGAACCCAACACACACACACACACACACACACAAAUAAAACCGUUGAGUCUAAA